ACUGUAUAUAAAAAUAAGUUUGAUCUGUUUGUUUGUCAUUUUUGUAGUGAAACCAUUUUAAAAUAGAGACACAUAUUUUGCAGCUUCAGUGGUUGUAUGUUGUCCAAUUUUAGUGUUAAACAGGUUUUUUUCUUGCAUUUCUUUAUAUCGGCUUAAAUUUGUUGCAGUAAAACAACAGGUUUUAUUUUAGAAAACUUUCAAUUUUGUGUUAUUUGAAACAAUAAUUUGACCUGUUCAAAACAAAGAAAAUGUGUAGUGAAAGAUUUGUCAUAGUUUUUCAUUUAUGGUUAUGUGGUAGAAAAUUCACAAAACAAGGUAUUCUAAACAAUGUUAAGAACACAUAUUUUAUUAUUAUUAUUUAUUUCUUAGCAGACGCCCUUAUCCAGGGCAACUUACAAUUGUUACAAGAUAUCACAUUAUUUUUACAUCCAAUUACAUUAUUUUUACAUGCAAUUGCCCAUUAUACAGUUGGGUUUUUACUGGAGCAAUCUAGGUAAAGUACCUUGCUCAAGAGUACAGCAACAGUGUCCCCAACCGGGGAUUGAACCCACGACCCUACAGUCAAGAGUCCAGAGCCCUAACCACUACUCCACACUGCUGCCCUAGCCACACAAGUGUUUAAAUAAACACUCCCUUUAGUUAAAAUGCCUAGCCAGGUAACUUCUUAAUUAUUGUAUCUAUUUAAUUAAGGAUUCCCCUUUAAGAAGGCUGAACUCCCAUGAGCCUUUGUUCUUUUUUAAACAGGUAGAGGGUGGAAGGGAGGCAGAUUUUGUGUUCUGGGUUCCUCCAUUUUGUGUAUGGCGGUGUGGUUUGUGUGCAGGUUCUGAAUGGGUUCCAGUUGGCUUUCAGGAUUUUAUUUACAAGAAAAUUAUAUUAAAUAAGAACUAUACCUACCUUGGAGCAUCUCUUGGACAACUUGUUGCUGUUGGACUGCCACUGGAACUACAGAAUAAGCAUCAACAAACAAACAAACAAACAGUCGGGUCUGUGAGGAUGAGAAGGUCUCCACAGUCUGGAGUCUGGUCUCUGACAGGCUCAACAUACCUGUCAAUCAACAGGGACUCCUCUACAAAGGCAAGGCGCUGGCAGGUAGGCUGAACAGCACAGCACAGCACAGCACAGCACAGAUCACCCCUCAUCUCGCCCCUCACCUCACCCCUCCUCUCACGCCUCGCCUCACCCCGGGUCAGUGUGGCACAGCCUGCCUGCUCUUCUGAACAAACACUUCAGUGUCUGGAGCAGCUACACAAGGUGAUGAAGUGACACUUUGAAUAUGGGGCCUGAUGAGAGAAGUAUCCUUUUCAUGUGGUUUUGGUUUUGCCGUUGUGAGCAGGUAUGGGAGACAGCACUGUGUCUGCAUGUGAAAUAACAAAGUCAUCGCAGUGGAGGGACUCUCUGAAGGCUGCUGUUUGUGGAUUUGUCUUGUAAUGUGAGUGAUCUACUGUACUGUGAUGCCACUGUCUGUACGCACGCUGCACUGCAGGGGAGACACCGCUGGCAUUCACAGGGCAUGCUUGUUCAUUUAAAGCAUGCUGCACUGCAGGGGAGACACCAACCUUCUGGACAAAGCCAAAACAGAUAGAGGAGUGACCAAAGUGAUCCUAUCAUUCGGAAUCAACAACAAGGACCAGAAAGUCAAAGAGACAGCUAUCAAAAACCUACAAAGGAUGUACAGGUCAGCAAAGACAACCUUCCCAACUGCAGAAAUCAAAGUGCCACUGGUGAACUUCUCACGAGCACUAGACAUGCAGGUCCAACGGAACUUGGAAGAACUAAAGGGAUUCAUCUCAGCCAACCUACCACACAUACCGCUAUUACCAACUGAGAAAUUUCAAGUAGGCGGAGACAACAUCCACUGGACAACCAACACAGCCAAAGAUAUGCUCCAGCACUGGUGCCAGCAUUUAAACUAGGAGACCCCACAAGCCCAAAUAUCUCCAGGGAGGGGGCAUCCAACAUAGUCAAUCUAUGUAAAUACUUCACACCAACAGAGAGUCAAAACAGCCUUUUGAGCAAAGGCCUCUCCUUCAUACCCACACCGCAAACUAAAGCAACACAGAAGCAGACACUGCGAGCAGAAACACAAGACUACCAUAGGAGGCUAAAAAUCGCAACCUUCUUUGAAGAGGAAGGAGACUCAAAUCACAUACCCUUCCUACCCAAAUCCAACUGGGAACCAAAUAACAACCAAGUUCCACAGGAAAUCACAGAGAUUAUUCUUGAAGAUCUAAAAACAAUACACAGCCUGAACCCAGGUAACUACAGAACAGAAGACAACCUAACAGCACCAGAAAGGAUUGCACUUAAGGAAUUACAAAAACAUACCGACAUCAUUUUCAAACCAGCAGACAAGGGAAGUUCAAUAGUAAUAAUGGAUAGAGAAGACUACAUCUUUGAAGCCAACAGACAACUAAAUAAUCAAGAACACUACAGGAAAUUAGACUUGAUUCUGCUCAGGAAAUUAACAGAAACUGACACACACACUCUACUACACAAAACCAGCUAUCACCCUAAACACACGUUUAGAGGUUUAAUAAAAUCACAACUACUCAGAUUCCACAGAAUUUGCACACAACAUACUGACUUCCAGGCAGCUACCAAAGUUUUAUUCACAGCACUCAGACAAAGGGGGUACUCCCGUUCCUUCCUCGGAGGAAUAAGGAAAACCUUCUUAGAACAAAAGCCUAGAGACAACAAAAAGAUUAUUCCACUCAUAACUACCUACUCACAUUUUAGUGUGGCAGCUAAUUCACAGAUAAAACAAAACCUAACCAACAAAUUACAAGACACCAACCUUCUUACAGGACACAAGAUCAUCUCAGCCUACAGAAAAAACAAAAACUUGACCAACUAUUUAGUGUCCAGUAAACUGCCUUCACUUAAUCGCAAACCAACAAAAGCAUCACGACACUUCAAGCAACUUUCCUCCCUCCGGAGCCAAUCCACAGGCAUCACAUACAACAUUCCACAAACCUUUACACAAAACAGCAGGAACUGCAUCUACGCAAUACAAUGCGAUACAUGCAAAAUCAUUUACAUUGGAGAAACAGGCAACACUAUCCGAGUAAGACUAACACAACACAUCUAUAAUAUCAAACACAAAAAAGAAUCACAAACACCUCUAGUAGCACACUUUCUACAACACAACUUGGAAUCUCUGAAAAUUACAGGGCUGGAGAGGAACCAGAACUGGACAAUCGGAGAAAGGAAAUGGAGAGAAAAAGACUGGAUCAACAAACUACAAACAACUUUCCCGCUAGGCCUGAACAUUAGAAACUCCACGAUAGACCUACACUAGAAAAGGAGCUCCAAAACAAAAAAAACAAAGAAAGAAAUCCAAAAAGAGCCAGAUGGCCAGUGCAUCUUUCUUUCCCUGAAAAACCAACCAAGUGUGGAGUUCUCAGGGAAACAAAGUUCCUACCUCACCCUAACCCUAACCCUAACCCUAACCCUAACCCUAACCCUAACCCAGAGUCACACUUUUGAUGGGCCACAGCUGGAGCUGCGUGCCUGCAACGGAGAGUGGGCGAGCUGGAGAGUGGGAGAGCUUGGGAGUGCAGGAAUGUAGAAGCACAGGUUUAUGGGGCUUUUGGUUGAAAUGCAGUAGCUUGCCUUAGAUUGACUCAUACCGAGAGAUUGCAGCAUAUUUGAUAAGAACCUUUUUAAGUGUUUCUCGGCUGUGCGACCAGAUAGAAGCUCCAUUUAAAUGGCUGUAGUAUCAGAGAAUUAGUCUCUAACAGUAUUCAUUGGCCUUGUAAUGAAUCCUGCAAAAACUGAUUUAUAAGAAAAAGAGAAAAAAAGAUUACUGGCAGAUGCAAAUUCACUUCUUUUUUUUUUAUUUCUCUGGAACAGUAAGGGCUAGAGAAACCAUUCAAACAGUUCCUGUAUCAGGGUAAUAGGUAGCAAAUUUGAGACCAAUCCGUUGAAAAACAGAGUUUUUAUUCAAAAAAAGCAAUUGUGUUUUGUGGAUUUCAAUGUUAUCCUAUGGGAUUCUCGUCAAGUUGCGGGUUGGUGCAAAAUUCGUAUUUUCCCUAUAAAUACGAAACGCCGGGUGCUAUCGUUUCAGGUAGGGCAUUGUUAUACAGAUAAGGGUGUCAUCUACACAACGAGACCGUUCCUGGGUUGUAAUUCCACACCUGCACUAAAUGGCACGUGUUAUUGUGUCUGUUUUUACGGUUUUGGUGAAAACGCCUAUACGUUUCAAUGGGAAUCACAUUAAAAUUAAUAUUUCAAUAACCCCUGGUGCUACCACCUCAUACAAGGUAUCGUUGGAUAGGUGUGAUUGCAAGCUACAAAACAACACCGCACUCGAGUUUUUAUUCGACUGCUACACUAAAUAACGACCUUAAAUAUGUUUCGUUUACAUUUGGCGAAAAAACGGCCCGUUCGUUUCGAUGGGAGUUUUUUUUUUUUUUUUUUUUUUUUUUUUAAAUUAAUAUUUAAAUAACCACAGGUAUUACUGCAAGCUACAAAACAAGACCUUUAGCACGGAAACGAGUGUGACCCUAACCCUAAACCCUAACCCUAACCCUAACCCUAACCAGCGCCUCUGACUCAGGAGAAACAAAGGUAAGUUUAUAAUGUUUUUUUAAAAAUUGCAAAUCAGUCUUUUUACAAUUUAGGGAAAUUGGGAUAAAUGCUAAUUAUACAAUUCCAAGAGCUAUUUAUAAUUCGUAUAACUAGCUAAAAUCAAAGUUAGGGUUUGUCUUCAUUUAUUUACAUAUAUUAAAAUAAGUUAAAAUAUUAUUGUCACCAAAACGGUGUUUAAGGAUUAUAUGUUCAAUGUUUUAUACAAUUCUAAUUAUUAAAAAAUAUAUCUAAUUUAAAUAUAAGUACCUUUCCAGUUAAGUAGCACAAAUCAGUACCUAUUGAAUUAUGGAUAAUAUGGAUAUAUACAGGAUAUGGAGUAACCCAUUGAAUUAGUCUGCCUUAAACACCACAAUUAACCACCAGGGGGAGAUGUUCUGAAACUACAUGCAAUCUUGUAUUCCGCCAAUUGUAAACAAUUGUAUUUUUGUCUCACCAAUAAUAAGUAAAUAUAUUUGUCUUGUGUAGCUGCUCCAGCGGUCUCGUUGUGUUCAGUGUAUUUAUCUUGUGUAGCUGCUCCAGCGCUCUCACUGUGUUCAGUGUAUUUAUCUUGUGUAGCUGCUCCAGCACUCUCGCUGGGGAAAUCAUCCAAAUGCCUAUGAUGGUCCAAUAAGCUACAGUCACAUUAUUACACUUCCCUCUAUAAAAAUGACAAAUACUCCACAAAGAAGAGUCAAAAUGGACUUUAUUGAUUUAAUUAGAGGGGGUCAUGAAACAGAAAGAUCAUUCCUCCAUGGUAUGAUCAAAUCAGUGUGACAGACACACACACACACACACAUACACACACAGAGAGAGACAUACUCUGCUGUAUUCUGCUACUAGAUCACUUCUGUUCAAGAAUGCCCAGAAGCACUGACACCCUGUUGUUUUACCACUCAAAUCAAUAGUUUUCUUUUCAAUUACUGUAUAUUAUUAUUUUUUACUAUUUGUCUUUAAGAGGAGGUUAAAGAAGGCUGGAGCAGUUUGUUUGUCUUCUACAUUAGCAUUUGCAAUACAAGCACAUGGAUUUUACAGCUGAAUGCACACCCCUUGACUCGUUACAGUCUCACAGUGUUGCUGGUGCUGCUUUAGCAGGUGUAAGUGGGUGUGGAUCUGUUCUCCUGACCUGAGCUUGGUCUGCGGUCUCAAACAGUGCAGCUUUACUGCAAACUACAUCACAAAACAGAAACACACGACUGAAGGCCACACAGGCAGGGAGUGUUCAUCUGAGGACUGACUCCUCCCUCUGUCAGCUCUGGCUCUGUUCAUCACCACAGCUAUUGUGCCUCAGCUUUUAUAUAUUUUGAAAGCUUUGCUUUUGGAAUUGCAGUGAACAGUCUGUUUGUUUAAAAUUGAUUUUUCCAAGUGGAUCCACAGUGGAUAGGUAGGGUAAGGUUAGGCUUGCUUAGGUAGAUCAAUAAGAAUCUUAUUUCCAUCCCUGUUACUAGAGUAAUGAUAAUAGUGACAUUAGAUGGAAGCUGUUGAUACUUCAUUUGGAUUAUAUAGAUUUUAUAAUAAUUCAUAAUAUGAAUAUGUUUUGAUUAUAAAAAGGUCUGCAUUAUGUAUUAAUUACAAUUCAUAACAAUGAAGAAAUUAAAGAAUGUGGAAGCUUUGAUCAUUAUAUUUACACAGUUAUGUUUAUCUUAAACAUACAGUUGUAGUGUAAAUAACUACAGUACGUACUGUACAGUUUAUUGUGUGUGUUUUAAUGAAGUCAGCUGCUGUAGGUUGUACCUGCCGCUGGAACUCUGUUUACACCGCACCGUGGAACUUUUAAUUUUAUUUGUAUUCUGAUUAAUUUUACUAUUACUUUUUCAAAUUGUUUUAAUUAAUUGUAUUGUAAUUGUUGGUGUUAUUGCCUUGUAAAGAGCUUUGAGAUACUGCUGUAUGAAAGGUACUCCUCUAUAAUAAAUAAACAUGCUUAAUUACAGUGUUCUUCAGUCUAGUAUCCCUUCCACUGACAGUCAAGCACAACCCUAUUCAAUUAUGUGAGGAGAACCGGUAAACUGAUGAGUCAAAACUUAAGAUAUGAUUAUUAUUAUUUAAUAUUAUUUUGUUAAGUUUACUUAAGCAUUUUAUAAGGAAUCGGAAA